CAUUCAAACGCAUGGUGAGGGAAUCGUGGUCGCUUUGGAAUACAUCAAACAACUUCACUUCCCCUUUCCUCCACUUCACUGCGACUUGAGAAGCAAUCCAAUACGAUGCAAUCCUACGAGCAAGGCGGACAAUCCGACAGGAUCACAGAACUUAACCCCAGCAUUUUCGUAGAUUCUGUACAAACCCAAGAACCGACAGUGCAAACUCAAUCGGGGAAAUUCAAGCGGGCAGCGGAAGAAUACUUGAAACAACAAGAAGUCGUGAGGAGAGAAUUAGAGCAGCACAAUGACAAAGACGUCGGGGUGUGGUCUCAUAAUGGAACUGUACAGUCGGGACACAUGGGCGAAAAAUAUUCGAUCGACGGUCAAUCUGGAUACGGAACCGGCCACUCUGCUUUUACUGCGGAAGGUGGACAUCACCCGCACGAUUCUGUCCCCCAGCUUACGGGGGAAAUAGCGGCAAUGAACCUCACCGCACAAAGCGAGUCGCGGCUCAGUCGCGUCAGUGGUACAUCCCACGCCUCGAGUCAUGCGAGUCAAGCCCCGAGCCACGCAUCUGAGGGUUACGCCAACAGACCGCAAGGCUCUCCGAUGCCCCCGCCCAGUGAGCAUCCCGACAUGGGUCUUCUGAUGAAGCGGUACGUCGACAAGGGGUUCUAUUACCAAUAUCCCUCCACGGAAGGGAUCGUCACCCUCUACCUUCCCAACGAGGAUUCAUUGAUCAAGCUUAAGGCCAGCGUGGAGGAAGCGACGUGUUCAAAAUGCCGCACUCCUCUCGGUCGAAAACGAGAGACUUGCCAGAACCGAAAAAUCCACGACGAACACUACUCGGUAACCGUCAAAGCCAUGAGAGAUUUCUGGUCCUACGUGACAGAUCGAUCGCCAGGGGAGGUGGAUGUGGAUCACUUUUACGACGACAUGAUCUUGAAGUAUCCAAAGAAGUUGCAAGGCGACGACGCACUGAUAGCUUGGUGUUUGACCGCCGACAAUAUAGUAUCGACGAUCAAGGGCACUUUGAGGAGCAGCAAGCCCAAUCCCGACAUGCCGAAGAACUACUGGGGUAGCGCCGAGAACAGAGACAGGCUUCGCACGGCGCAAAAGAGGGAUGAAGACGUCUCCGGUCAUCUACCUGGCCCCGAAAAAAUCAGCAGGUGGCGCAACUUGCAGUCGAAGCACCCUGAAUGGUUCUUCGCUCACAGCGAGUGAUCCCUACAAUGUUCCUAAGUCGUCGUGUUCCCUAUCCGUCAGUCUCAGCGUGCUGCUGCCGUGCUAUGGACUGCUGAGAUCUUGAGAACGUCCCAGGUUGUCUUUGAGUUCUGAACGUUUAUCUGCCGAACCCCAUAUAGACAGUGUUGUAUCAACAAAGUGAUUAGAUUCUAUCAUACUAUCUUUAAUUGUAGC